AUGGCAAGCGACGCGAGUGUCAACACCCUAGUAGGCCUCCUCUCCUUCAUCAUGGUCGUCUCCUUCCUACUUUUCUGCUUCCUCGUGUACAUGCGCUUCGUCAGGCGGCUCACCUUUAUGUCCAUCAACCUUGGACCGCGCAGGGGACGGAGUACCACGGUCGCCCGGGGGAGUGUCGCCGGCGGUGCCAGUGGAGGAAGUGAGAGCCGCGCAGGGGGAGCGGGCGAAAACGGAGAUGUGGGCAAUGAGUUGGGUCGGACUGGUGGCGUGGUGAAUGGCCAGGGACCGGCGAGGGUGAUUUGA